AUGAGCUCACAAUUCCCCACCCGCCAGAUAGCAAGACUUGGAGGCCAUAAUGGCGCCGUUCAUGCUGUGACCUACAGUGCUGGCUCCAGUCAAUACAUCCUCACCGGCUCCACCGACCACACUAUACGCCUAUUCAACCCCUCAAAGGCCGCCUCUCCCGGCUCCGUCCCCGACCCCUCGCUCCCAACCCCAGGCCUCAUCCAAACCUACGACGCCCACGGCUACGAAGUGCUCGACCUCGCCGUAUCAGCCGACAAUGCGCGCCUCAUCAGCGUCGGCGGCGACAAGACCGUCUUCCUAUGGGACGUUUCGCGGGCCACUACCAUAAAACGAUGGACUGGGCACGCUGGCAAAGUGAAUUCGUGCGCAUUCGGCGGGACAGAGGGCAGCGUCGUCGUGAGCGGGAGCUAUGACGGGACGGUGCGGCUGUGGGAUGCGAAGAGCCAGAGCUACAAGCCGAUCAUGGUGCUCAGCGAAGCGCGGGACAGCGUGAGCAGUGUGGCGGUGAUGGGCGCGGAGAUCGUGGCGGGGAGUGUGGAUGGGCGGGUCAGAUGCUAUGAUAUCCGGAUGGGGCAAAUGUUGGUUGAUGUUAUAGGGGCACCCGUAACAUCCCUCACGCCAACCAAAAAUACCGACUCCCUCCUCGUCAGCUCGCUGGACUCCACAAUACGCCUCAUGGACAAACCAGACGGCAAACUCCUCAAAGCCUAUAGAGCGCCUGAGUACACAAACACCGACUACCGCAUCCGCAGCACCCUCGGCCUCUCCGACAGCAUCAUCCUCAGCGGCAGCGAGUCCGGCCACAUCCUCAUCUGGGACCUCCUCACAGGCAACCCGCUUCACAAACUUCGCCACUCCCCAGCCACCCAAACCCCCCCAAACCCCAAAAAGGACGUCGUCAGCGCAGUCGCCUUCUGCCCGACACGGAGAGAAUGGGCCAGCGCAGGCGGUGACGGGAACGUGAUUGUUUGGGGUAUGCCGGCGUGAUAAACAAAUCUGAUUUACGGGUAUGGAGAUUGGCUGGCCAGUAUCGAUUUAUGAGAUUGCCGCCGUUGGCUCCGGGGGGGCUGACGUCAUUGUCAUGUGCUGGAAUUUAUAGAAUGAUAGUAUAGUCAAGUCAUAGGACAAAAAAAUCUUUACUACCUUUCGGCAAUUUAACGUGGGGCUUCGAUUAUGCUCUCGAUGGAGUCCGGCGCUAAAUGGGACACGCGUGUCGUUCUGGGUACACUUAUCUGCCACCGCCUAAGACAAUAUCAAUAUUCGCGUCUAAUUAAUCACAAGACUUUGUCUUAAAAGAUGUGGUCAAGGUAGAGACGUAGAUGGUGUUCCUAAUUUAUCUUACACCACUAUCGAAUAACCCGAACCAAGUAUAUGCAUCAAGUUUCAACUUUUUUU